GUACCUGUGGCGAUGUGGGAUUUUGAGCAUUGCGAUCCUAAGAGGUGUUCGGGGAAGAAACUAGCAAGACAUGGAUUGAUAUCAUCCAUGAGAAUAGGUCAACGGUUUAGAGGUAUCGUCCUCACACCAAGAGGGAAAAUACCGAUAUCUGCAGGAGACGAAGAUAUCGUUCUAGCCUCAGGUUUAGCAGUCGUGGAGUGCUCCUGGGCUAGAUUGGACGAAGUGCCAUUUGGAAAGAUCAAAAGUCCUUAUGAGAGAUUAUUGCCCAUGCUGAUAGCUACCAACCCUGUGAAUUAUGGAAAGCCAUGGAAACUCAACUGCGUGGAGGCUUUAGCAGCUGGGUUUUAUAUAACGGGUCAUGAUGAUUGGGCUGAAACUUUAUUGGCCAAAUUUUCCUGGGGUCAUGCUUUUUACAAGAUGAACUCCCAGUUUCUCAAACGAUAUGCCACAUGUAAAACCGCUGCCGAGGUAGAAGCUAUGCAAACCAAAAUACAGGAUGAGAUGGAGGAAGAGCGACAGCGGCGGAAAGUUGAGCGUGGUGAGUUCGUCAAGCUUUGUUUCAAUCUACUUCUAGCCAGUCUCCUGAGAAAUUUCAGACAAACAUAA